AUGAGCAAGUCAAGAAAUGAGAAGAAGCCGCCAUCUCAACCACCUCCAGUGGCAACAACAAACGAUAUUAUUCCAGGGAAAUUCAACGAAAACCAAUGGUAUUAUAUAUUAACAGUAUUUCUAUAGUAAUGGGGUAUGAAGUAAUUGCUACUAGCUUGAUAACUACCCAUAUAUUUUAGAGGUUUUAAAUGGAAAAUUAUUUGUGUAAAUAAUUUGAUGUGUUGUCUUGCAUCCUUGCCUUAUUACUGAUCAAACGUGGUCAGUGGUAUGUAGUGCUUGUGAAAUGUGAAAUGGAAUUUACAUUACUCUGGACUUCUAGGGAGAACAGUUUAGAACUGAUACAGCUAUCCAGUGACCAGUAGAAACUGAAGUUAUUAUUAUAUUUAUCCAGGAUACCCACGUCACCGAAGUGUUUUUCAGUGGGGUCCUGCAUUAUAAAUUUCAACUUCCCCCAAGUUGAAAGUUGGGAAGUUGAAAGUUAGGUGACUUCACUGGACCUCUAGGAAGAAUAGUUUAGAACUGAUACAACUAUCCAGUAUAAAUAAAAUUAGUUUAGUUCAGGUUUCCAGGUAGUAACACUAGAUCAAUAAGAGAUGAUCCUUACUGGACCUCUAGGGAGAACAAUUUAGAACUGGUGGAUCUAUCCAGUAUAAAUAAAGUUAGUUUAGUUUAGGUUUCCUCCUGUAGUAACACUGGAUCAAUAAGAGAUGAUCCUUACUGGACCUCUAGGAAGAACUGUUUAGAACUGAUAGAUCGAGCUAUCCAGUAUAAAUAAAGUUGGUUUAGUUUAGGUUUCCUCCUGUAGUAACACUGGAUCAAUAAGAGAUGAUUCUUACUGGACCUCUAGGAAAAACAGUUUAGAAUUGAUAGAACUAUCCAGUAUAAAUAAAGUUAGUUUAGUUUAGGUUUCCUCCUGUAGUAACACUGGAUCAAUAAGAGAUGAUUCUUACUGGACCUCUAGGAAGAACAGUUUAGAAUUGAUAGAGCUAUCUAGUGUAAAUAAAGUUAGUUUGUUUAGUUUCCUCCUGUAGUAAAACUGGAUCAUGCAAUUGAUGAUCAAUCCUACUGAUGAUCGAUCCUACUGGAUCUCUAGGAAGAACUGUUUAGAACUGAUAGAGCUAUAUGCAGUAUAAAUAAAGGUAGUUUAGAUUUCUUCCUGUAGUAAAACUGGAUCAAUAAGAGAUGAUCCUUACUGGACCUCUAAGGAGAGCAGUUUAGAACUGAUAGAGCUAUCCAGUAUAAAUUGUGCUACCCGGUACUUUAGUUUGGGUUAGUUUAAAUAUAAUGAGAAUCAUAUUGUCUGCCGACAGGAAUUCUAUGAUAGAACAAGAAAACAGUCAAGACUUUGUUCUCGAUCUCCUCGAUGAGAUACUGGAUUGUACAGUGCAAGUUAUUCAUGAUAAAUAUAUUCAAAGUCAACUUCAGCCGUAUUCAGUACACGCUGCCAAAGAUUUACUCCUGCAAAUUAUUGAG